AUGACCGACCAUGGUGAAUAAUUAUGGUGUUGUAAUAGUUGAAUGGUGUAUAUAGGGUAUUUUAAGAGUUGAAUGGUGCUAUUGUGUGACUGAGUUAUUGGGUGAGUGCGUUGUUGUGUAAAUAUGUUUUAAGUAGGUUUUAAGGUUGGAGUUUUAGCUUUAGUCAGUAGUAGGGUGGAGUUUAGAAUGGUAGGAUGUAUAUUAUGGUAGAACGAAGUUGUGGGUUCCUCCAUUGAGUUAUUAAAGACACCUGUACCUGACUGAACGUGUCGAGUCUGUUUUAUCGUGCGAACCUUUACAUGGCGACCUUCCCAGGACCUCUCUGCGAUGUCAACACCAUGCGGUCACGACAAUAGGCUACAUCACGUCAUUGGUAUAUGAGGAGUAGCUUACGUAUCACUUUAUACAUGCAAAUCAGGAUUCCGAGUCGAUCACAACUUACGGUGGCAAGGGUCCAAGUUCGGAGUGUUCGAUCACAGUGUGUUAUGAUUGGAGUUCAGUAACCGGUGACCUCGAGGGUGCUGGCUUCCUAAGCGCGCGCAACGAUAUCGUUAACAUCUGCUAAUAGUACAUCAGGUUUGAAACGGAUGCAGCAGGACUCGGAGGUUGGCGGACAUUGGAGGAUCAGACUGUGCCUAAUUGUGUAGUCCUUGAUUGAACCUGGUGUGUUAUAACGUGUGAUAUCAUUAUUUCAUCUUGUAUGUGUUUGUAUUGGGGCAGAGAGGUGUAUAAUAUUUCAUAAUUGCUGCAUAUAUUUAAAACUAUUUUAACUGGAGAUUGAAAGACGUGACCACCCUGCGUUUUGAUUUGAAUUUUGUACGCUAUUUAUGUAAUGUUGGUGUGUUAAGAGGAACCCACAUCUUUAGUUACAAAUUUUGAAAGUGGGGUAGAGUUGAGGUGGUUUUGCUGAAGAUAUUAUUGGUGUAUGUAUAUAUGUUCAUUUUAUACUAUAGAGUUUGAAGAUGUUAUGAGUUUGUAUUGGUCCUAGAGUUGAAUGUUUACCAGGAUUGUGGUGAUAUUAUAGUACAGGUCUGAUGAUGAGUGGAAGCGAGUGCGGAUGUUGGUGAAAGUGCGAGGGUAACUUGAAGUAGGGAAUAAAUUCGGUUUGAGUGUUCUGGUUCAGGUCAUUACACUGCACGUCAUUAUAUUCCAGGUCAUUGUGUUUCAGGUCGUAUUGUUUUUUCCACUUAAACUAGAUAUAAUUUAUUUUGUUCUAAAGUUUGGGUGUAACGAGUAAGGAUGGAAAGAUUGAAGGAGCUUACCCAGUUGGGAAAAGAGAUGGGGUUAACCGCCAAGGAUUUGAAGGCAUUUGUGACGGAACAGCAAAAUGCUGAGCGAGAAGAACGGGUGUCCGAGAGGGAGAAAGAACGAGAGGAGAGAGAGGCUGAGAGGAGAGAGAAAGAGAGGGAGCAGAAGGAUCGUGAGCGUGAGGAAGAUAGGAAGGAACGAGAACUUGAGCAUCAGCGGCGGUUGGAAUUAUUACAGGAGCAACAGAAACUGGCAGUGUCAACAGCUAAGACCACCACCAGCACCACCAAAGUUACGCCAAAGACUCCGAGACUUCCCACAUUUGACGAGACAAAGGAUGACAUGGAUGCCUAUCUUCAUCGUUUUGAGCGUUAUGCAGAGGCCCAAUCGUGGGACAAAGACCAAUGGGGUGUAAAUCUUGGGGCCCUGCUGAAGGGAAAAGCAUUAGAGGUCUACUCCCGCCUCUCAUCGACUGAGGCCAUGGAUUUCCAGAAGUUGAAGGAGGCGCUGUUGGUCCGUUUUGAUUUGACCGUGGAUGGUUUUCAGAAGAGGUUUCGGUCAGCCAAGCCAGACGCAGGGGAAACCUUUGGACAGUUUACCACUCGCCUAAGGAACUAUUUAGACCGAUGGCAGGAGUUGGCGAAAGCGAGUGCAACUUUUGAGGGAAUCGUUGACCUGUUUAUGCGAGAACAGUUUCUCCGUGUCUGUGCACCAGAGUUAAAGCUAUUCUUACGGGAGAGAGUCCCAAACUCUGUCAAGGGUAUGGCAAUAUUAGCUGAUCAGUACAGAGAGGCAAGGGGAGGUAACAUCCUGAAUAUUCUUUACCGGCCUAGAGCAACGGUCGGGCCAGAUCCCAGGCAGCCUGAACAAGUAAAGCAGGUCUCUUUGAGGAACACUCCAACUGCUAACAGUGCUGGAAACAGAUCAGAUUCAUCAUUUGGUCAGAAACAGGGUAGCUUUUAUAAGGAUACGAGGAAAUGUAACUACUGUGGUAAAAUUGGUCACAUAGCCAGGUUUUGUCAUACUCGACUUGCAGCAGCAAGUAUGAGAGCUGAGGGACAGCCUACUGAGAUGGAUUCCAGCGGGGGUGAAGCCUCUGAUCAUGAGGUGUCAUACUGUAUGGGAGUGACUCCAACGACGGGUUCAGUUCUCAAUUCCGUCACUGGUGGGAACCCAACCCUCAUAUCCACAAACUGCUCAUCGUCAAUUACUCACACAGGUGGUGGCCUGAAUAGUAUGCCGGUCCACUCAGGGAAAAUUGACGGACAUCCCGCGGUGCUAAGGGUGUUGAGAGACACUGGGUGCAGUGGAGUUGUUAUUAGGAAGGACUUGGUUGAUCCGGCCCGUUACUUAGGAACGACUCAGCGAUGUACCCUCAUAGAUGGAUCGACCUUGACAGUUCCGAUGGCUGCAGUGGCCGUUGACACACCCUUCUAUAAGGGGAAGGUUGAGGCGAUGUGCAUGGAGAAGCCGUUGUAUGACAUCAUAAUUGGUAACAUCGAAGGGGCAAGGGAACCCGGAGACCCGGAUCUCGAUUGGACAGUUGCAGCGGUAUUGACUCGAGCACAGAAAAAGCGUGAGAAGAUGGAUUUGAAGCCACUUAGAGUACCGAAAAUAGUGGGUGAUCUGGAAGACAAGGAAAUAUUCCGGAUCGAACAGGCAACUGAUCCUUCACUUACCAAGUUCCACCAAUAUGCAAAGGAUGGAACGCAAAAGCGGAACAAGUAUGGGGCGGUGACAUCUUACAGAUAUAAGAAAUCGCUGUUGUAUCGAAAGUUUGUUUCGCCAAGAGUGGACAAUGGAAAGGAGUAUCUUCAGCUCCUGCUGCCAGUGAAGUUCCGUGUCAAGGUGAUGUACUUGGCCCAUGACUCUCUCAUGGCAGGGCAUUUAGGCCGCAGGAAGACCUAUCAUCGAGUAUUGGACGAGUUCUACUGGCCUGGGAUACAGUCAGAAGUGACUCGUUACUGCCGUUCCUGUGACCUAUGCCAGCGCUUUAUCCCGAAGGGCAGGGUUCUAAAGGUACCACUAGGAAAGAUGCCGUUGAUGGGUUCACCUUUUGAGCGUGUGGCUCUGGAUUUGAUUGGACCCCUGUUUCCGCCAACUGACAGAGGCAACCGCUACAUCCUUACAUUCAUGGACUACGCAACCAGGUACCCGGAAGCAAUCGCACUACCUAAGAUUGAGACAGAACGGGUGGCGGAGGCUUUAGUUGAUAUUUACAGUCGACUGGGUGUGGCUGAAGAAAUACUGACCGAAUUAGGUUCGCAGUUUAUCGCUGAUUUGAUGAAAGAAGUGAGCAGACUACUAUCUUUCCAGCGAACUACAACUACACCAUACCAUCCCCAGUGUAAUGGCUUAGUGGAGAAGUUCAAUGGAACGCUCAAGCAGAUGCUCAAGAAAAUGUGUGCUGAGCGUCCGAAGGAUUGGGAUAGAUAUAUCAACCCUCUGCUAUUUGCCUACCGAGAAGUUCCGCAAGAUAGUACCGGAUUUUCCCCAUUUGAACUCCUGUACGGACGGUCAGUGCGGGGACCACUGUCUAUACUUAGACAGUUAUGGUCACAAGAGGACUUGGACCAGGAGGUGAAAACUACAUACCAGUACGUGUUCGAUCUGAGGAACCGUCUGGAGGAGACAUUGAAGUUGGCACAAGACAAUCUGAAGGGGGCAGCCAAGAAACAGAAGCAGUAUUUUGACAAGCGCACUAGAGUACGCCAGAUGAGUGAGGGUGAUGAGGCGUUGGUACUGUUACCCAUUAACGCCAACAAGCUGCUGAUGCAAUGGCGAGGCCCUUACAAGGUUGUUAAGAAGAUUAAUGCCAUGGACUAUAGACUGAUGAUGGAUGGGAAAGAGAGGACCUUCCACAUAAACAUGUUGAAGCAAUAUAUUCCACGUGCACGAGAUCAAGUUGCAGUUGUAGUGGAGGAUGGAGAAGAGCAGUGCGCUGUGGUUUUAGAGAGUGUUGAGGCAGAACCCCCAGAGGUAGAGACUCAGCUACCAAGGUUAGAGGACCAAGUGGUGGACAAAGUGGGUGAAACCAUGGAAGAUGUCCACAUCUGUGGUGAUUUGAGGCCAGAACAGAUUGAGGAGGUAAAGGAGAUACUGUGUAGCUAUCAAGAUGUACUAACUGAUUCACCAGGGAGGACUACAGUGUUGAGUCAUGAUGUCCGAUUGACCACGUCAGAUCCGGUGAGAGUUCGCCCCUACCCUAUUCCAUUUAGCAUGGUUGAGGUUGUGAAGCAUGAGAUCGAGAAUAUGUUGGAUAUGGGAGUAAUCGAGCCAUGUGAUUCACCUUACUCAUCACCAGUCGUGAUCGUGAAGAAGAAAGACGGGAGCAACAGGUUUUGCAUCGACUUUCGUCGGAUAAACCAGAUCACAGUGUUCGACCCCGAGCCCAUGGCUGAUGUUGAGAGUAUUUUUGCAAAACUGGCUGGUUGUAAAUAUAUAUCCAAGUUUGACCUCUCAAAAGGUUACUGGCAGGUCCCUCUUACGGAGCAAGCGAAAGAAGUGUCAUCAUUCUCAGUGCCAUUCGGCCAUUUUCGGUUCAAAGUCAUGCCAUUCGGAAUGGUAAAUGCCCCCGCGACAUUCAAUAGACUGAUGAGGGUUGUGUUAAAGGGAGCGGAGAGUGCGGACAACUUCAUGGAUGACGUUAUGUUAGGGACGAUCCCUUGGUCUGAGCACCUAAGGGCAAUCGUGGACUUACUCACAAGACUACGAGAUGCUGGCUUGACGGCAAGACCCUCAAAGAUAUAUAUUGGAUACUCCAGCCUAGACUGUCUUGGACAUGUAGUGGGUAAUGAUUCAUUGGCACCCAUGUUAGAUAAACUGGAGGCUAUUGAGCAGGCUCCAGUUCCAACCACGAAGAAACAGGUUCGGUCUUUCCUGGGCUUGUCUGGAUUCUACCGGAAGUUCAUACCUCAUUACUCCGAAUUGGCAUCACCACUUACGGACUUGACAAAGAAGGGACAACCAAAUAAAGUUGGAUGGUCCGAAGUUCAGGAAACAGCCUUUCGCAAGUUGAAACGGGCGCUUUGUUCAAAGCCCAUUCUGAGACUACCAGCAUUGAAUGAGAUGUUUAUUCUUCGGACAGACGCGUCUGACAAGGGACUUGGUGCUGUGCUGCUGCAAGUAGUGGAUGGCGUGAAGUUACCCAUUGCCUAUGCCAGUAAAAAGUUACUGCCCAGAGAACAGAACUAUGCAACUGUUGAGUUGGAGUGCUUAGCGGUGGUGUGGGGUGUUCACAAGUUCCACAGGUAUCUAUAUGGAGUUGAGUUCAUUUUGGAGACAGAUCACCAACCUCUGACGUUUCUGAAAAGAAACAAGGCUAGUAACAGUAGACUCAUGAGGUGGGCACUGUUGUUGCAGCCCUAUCGGUUCAAUGUGAGAGCCAUUAGGGGGGUUGACAACGUAGGAGCUGAUUACCUUAGUCGGACUUAGAGAAACUGUCUCGAAUCUGAAUUCUGCGAAAAAGUUGAAUCUUUUUGAGAUCCCCUUUUUUCCCCUGAGAUGGGGGAUAUGUAACGAAUUGACCGAUGACCGACCAUGGUGAAUAAUUAUGGUGUUGUAAUAGUUGAAUGGUGUAUAUAGGGUAUUUUAAGAGUUGAAUGGUGCUAUUGUGUGACUGAGUUAUUGGGUGAGUGCGUUGUUGUGUAAAUAUGUUUUAAGUAGGUUUUAAGGUUGGAGUUUUAGCUUUAGUCAGUAGUAGGGUGGAGUUUAGAAUGGUAGGAUGUAUAUUAUGGUAGAACGAAGUUGUGGGGUAAGUUUGUUCAAAAGUUAACAUUGUAUUCGUGUUUGAUAUAUUGUGAUUCAGAUGAUAAGCCUGGUUUCUAGGCUGUUUGAUAUAUUGUGAUUCGGAUGAUAAGCCUGGUUUCUAGGCUGUUUGAUAUAUUGUGAUUUGGAUGAUAAGCCUGGUUUCUAGGCUGUUUGAUAUAGUUUGAUUAUGAUGAUAUAAGCCUGGUGCUUGGCUGUUUGAUGUAUUGUAAUAAGGAUGAUAUAGUGUGGAGUCAUUGAUCUGUGUUAGAUAUGUUGAUUGAAUUGUAAUCCCACUUCUAUUAUAUUUGCAGUUCCUCCAUUGAGUUAUUAAAGACACCUGUACCUGACUGAACGUGUCGAGUCUGUUUUAUCGUGCGAAC